AUGGCCUCCCAAGAUACGCUGGUCGAAUUGCGAAAUGUCGUUGAUGUGGUGCCAAAACUCGAAACAGAUAGGGAGAGCGCGGGAGCGGAUCUUUCUGAGGAGGUAGAUCUUGUUGAUUGGGAUGGCCCAGAUGAUCCCCAAAACCCGAUGAAUUGGCCAAAGUCGAAGAAACGAGGACAUGUUGCGCUGGUUAGUAUCGUGAACUUUCUUGUGAACCUUUCCACAACAAUAUCCGCUCCUGGAGCUGGUCUCUUGAUGAAAGACUUCCACCAAACCAAUGCUAUAAUUGGAAGUUUCUCAAUCAGUAUCUUCCUCCUUGGAUUCGCUCUUGGCCCUCUCGUCAUGGCGCCUCUAUCCGAGCUUUAUGGACGGUUACCUGUGUACCAUCUUUCUAUCAUCACUUUCAUCGCAUUUCUUUUGGGCUGUGGCUGGAGCCAAAACAUUGUGGAAUUCCUCAUCUUCCGAUUUAUCGCUGGGUGUGCGGGGUCAUCUCCUUCUACCAUUGGAGGAGGAACGGUAGCAGAUUUGAUUCCAGUCGAGCAUAGAGGAGCUGCUAUCGCCAUGACGUCCAUCGGGCCAAUCUUUGCUCCUGUGAUUGGUCCUGUCAUUGGAGGAUUCAUUGCUCAGAGGCUGGGAUGGAGAUGGACAUUCUGGAUUGUGGCUGCAGCUGUAAGAGUUUGGCUCGCUGCUGCUAUGACUUUCAUGCGAGAGACUUGUGGCCCAGUAAUACUGGAACGAAAAGCUGCUCGGCUUCGAAAAGAAACUGGAAACAUCGACCUCGAAGCUAAGGGACGUGGAAAGUUGUCUCCACUUGCUCAUCUGGGACGUGGGUUGUCCCUGCCCUUGAAGCUGCUAGUCUUGUCACCAGUUGUCCUUUUGCUUUCAUUAUAUGUUGCAUUUAUUUUUGGCUUGAUGUUCCUUUGCUUCAGCACUUAUUCUGCAGUCUUCGUUGAUCAAUACCAUUUCGCAGUAGGGGUUUCUGGGCUGGUAUAUCUUGGCCAAGGUAUCGGCAUGAUCACCGGACUUAUUCUAUUUGCAACUUUGAGCGAUAGAAUCUUGAAAGCUAGAGCUUCCAAGCAUAAAGGAGAGAUGACACCGGAAGAAAGAUUGCCAUUGAUGGUAUAUUUCUCGCCCAUUGUGCCCAUUGGAUUCUUCUGGUACGGCUGGACUGCACAAGAGAAGGUUCAGUGGAUGGCACCAAUUGUUGGAACGAGCUUCAUUGGCCUUGGGAAUUUGUUUGUGAUGGUACGCACUCCUUUGACUCGUAAUUUGCCUUCUCAGAUCUAUCUCGUCGACGCCUUCAAAGCGGAGGCUGCCGCAUCAGCGCUUGCUGCUGCCACAGUGUUGCGAUCUCUCUUUGGCACAUUUUUGCCUUUGGCAGCUCCUCACUUGUAUGCCAAACUUGGCUAUGGCUGGGGGAAUAGCAUCUUCGGGUUCAUCGCUCUAGCUUUCAUUCCUGUGCCAAUCAUGUUCUACAAGUUUGGGGCUCGAUUGAGGGAGAGGUUUCAAGUACGCCUUUGA